AUGUCUUUGCCCGUGAAACAUAUGUCCAAAUCAUCUCAGGGGAGUCUCUCGAGCGAAGACUCCGCGGUUUCCCCGUUGCAAUCAGUUUAUAUGACACCUCAGGAUUCCACUUGUAAUCUAUUAAUUAGUGCAAUUAAGCAAGCUACUACGACGAAUCAUCUGGAAACGGGUUAUCGAACUGAUGAAUUGAACACGUCCCCAACCUCAACUCCAUUUUUUACAACACCGUCAACUCCUUUUGGUCCUUUUAGACAAACUAUGGAUCUCAGCAAUGUUCCCGAUUAUUAUAUUAAUAUGCCAAAUGCGAUUAAGCCCGCUGCCAAGCAGUCUGUUAAUGCCGCGGCUGUCUCCGCUAAAAUAAGAGAGUACGAAUCUUUGAUAAAAAAGGCGUCUUUGAACAAUCUAAAUACCAUCGUUGAAACUACCGAGGUCCCAAAAUAUAAUGAGCCUCUGAGAUCUCAAAAAUCCGAAUCCCCAAGGACCUCAAUUAGUGAAUCUCGAAACCGCAAUCAAGCUAUCGAAUCACAAAAACAAAAUCAUGCCAAACCAUUGCCAAAUUAUAAUCACACCAUUGCACCAUCAUCAGGAUCAAACACUUUUGUAGCAGAUUCCUAUGAUCAUAUAGAAGUUGGCUCUGUCGCAAACUCCAUGACAGGCUCUUCAAUGGAUCAAACAGAUAAUCUGGUCAAAAGAAUGGAUGACGGAACCGUUUUGAUGACUCAUGAAUACAAACCCGAAAGGUGGACGGAUGAUUUCUCAAGGAAGGAAUACCCGAGAAGUUCGGCUUCAAGUAUCAAUCCUAGUCAUAAACGUAGUUCAUCAAAAGAUGCUAUCGUAGAAGAAGCAACGAAUGCCUCAAGAAGGAUUUCUAGAAUGCCUUAUAUGACUAGAGGUGACAUCAUACCUAAGAGUGAUAACGCGAUGGAAGCUGGCGGGAUAGAUUCACCGAUAUCCUCGAGGAUCUUGGUGAGAGAUGCCAUCGUGUUUUCCCCUACACCUUCAAAAAGGUCAAAAGAAUCUUAUAUAAUUAGUGAUCAAGAAGGUCAGCUGGUAAUGAUAAAUCCUAGGCUUCGUAAUAAGAUUCUACUGUUAAUUGGGAUAUGUUUAGUGUUCUUCUUAGUAUCACUUGAUGCAAACCUGGUGGCAAAUCAAAUUCCCAAGAUCGUUAUCGAAUUCAACGCAGGCGAAAAUAUUUCGUGGAUUGUUAUAUCAUACAGCCUCUCGAGCGCGAUCGUACAGCCCUUGUGUGGGAAAUUUUCAGGCGUAGUUGGAAAGAAGAUAUUACUUUUGGUGGCCAUCUUUAUAUUUGGGUUAGGUUCGGCUUUGUGCGGAGCAGCGCAGAGCAUUCAAUGGUUAAUUUGUACUAGAGUUUUGGCGGGGUUGGGCGGUGGAGUUAUAAUUUUCAUGGCACCAAAUGUUAUAUCCGAUGUUAUGCCCAUGCACCAACGUACUUUGUUCAACAACAUCCUCUAUGCGACCUUUGCUCUUGGCUUAAUUCUUGGACCGAUUGUUGGUGGUUCAUUUGCAGAAUAUUUAUCAUGGCGAUGGUCGUUUUAUAUGAAUGGUCCACUCUCAAUUAUAUCUAUCGUGAUAUUGUUGCUUCUUCUUAGAGUCCCAAUUCUCACCGGUUCUAUGCAUACAAACCUAAAACGUGUUGAUUGGCUAGGCAUCCUUCUGCUUAUAUCAGGAUCGUUACUUAUCAUUCUACCGUUGAGCUACGGGGGAAACAAGUCUACUUGGCUUAGCCCUCCGAUAAUUGGGAUGUCUGUAUCGGGCUUACUCAUACUAGUAACAUUUGUCAUAUUGGAAGUAAAAUUUGCGGCCGAACCAGUUAUCCCCGGAUUUUUUUUUAACGACUCUUGUUUACGUGCGGUUUUUGGUGCGUUCUUUUUCAUGGGAUGGGUUCAGGUGGCCGUUUGCUAUUUCACUCCAAUAUACCUUCAAAAUGCCUUGGGAUUCACUGCGGUUGCAUCGGCCGUGGCCCUUCUACCAUUAGUCAUUAGCAUAAUAGCAUCAAUGGGACUGGGAAACAUGAUGAUAUUGUACACUGGCCGUUAUAGAUGGCUCAUAUAUAUUGGCUCAUUGUUGUUAAUUGCGGGCAGUGCAUUGUUAUCAACUUAUACCUUGGACACGGGAGGAAUCAUGCGAACCAUAUCUUUGAUAGUAGUUGGACUUGGCAUUGGGUCACUUUCAAACUUAUCCACGCCAGCCCAGGCAGCCGUGAAAGGAAGGGAAAAAAGGAUUAUAACUGGAUUAUGCAAUUUUUUCCGAGGGAGCGGUUGGACCUUUGGCAUGGCAGUUUCAGGCGCUCUGUUUAACAAUGAAAUUCUAUUACACAUUCAGAAUUUACCUACUGUCACAUUAAACGACACACUGUUGCCCGAAAAAUUAAGUCACCUUCUUUCUAGUGACCGAAACGCUGUUUUAUCAUACAUUACUGACGCGAUCUCCAAAAACUUUGAGCUUUGUAUAGUCAUAUCGAUUAUCGUGCUAGUGUUUUCAUUGUUUAUCGAGCACUAUGAGUUGAAAGAGGAAGAUCGUGGCAUUGGUAUCGCGAAUGUCGAAAUGUUGAAUGAAAAAUGA